AGAAAGGAAUAGAAUUUCACAAAAACCCUAAACCCUAACCACCAGAAGCUGCCGAGGUUGCUUCUAGACCCUUCCUCCUCUCACUAGAAAACCCAUCUCUCCGUCUCUCUCUUUCUCGUUCUGUGCACUCUCCAUUGAUCUUUUGACUUCACUCCUCCUUCCAUAUUCAUUUGCAAAUCCUUCUGCAAUUUGCAUUCAGCCAUGUACCGAUUCGCUUCCAGCCUCGCCACUAAAGCUCGGAUCGCCAGGAAUGCUGCUCAGCAGAUUGGAAGCAGAGUGAACUGGAACAGAAACUAUGCGGCCAAAGACAUCAGAUUUGGCGUAGAGGCCCGUGCUCUGAUGCUUAAGGGCGUUGAAGAGCUUGCUGAUGCUGUCAGAGUCACUAUGGGCCCUAAGGGUCGUAAUGUGGUUAUUGAGCAAAGCUAUGGUGCCCCAAAAGUGACCAAGGAUGGAGUUACUGUUGCCAAGAGCAUUGAAUUUAAGGACAAAGUUAAGAAUAUUGGCGCUAGCCUCGUCAAGCAGGUUGCUAAUGCGACCAAUGAUACUGCUGGGGAUGGGACCACAUGUGCAACAGUUCUUACUAGGGCCAUAUUCACUGAAGGUUGCAAAUCAGUUGCAGCGGGAAUGAAUGCAAUGGAUCUACGAAGAGGUAUUAGCAUGGCAGUUGACGCCGUUGUCGCCCACCUAAAAAGUAGAGCACGGAUGAUCAGCACGUCUGAAGAAAUUGCACAAGUUGGCACUAUAUCAGCGAAUGGAGAGAGAGAGAUUGGGGAGUUGAUUGCCAAGGCAAUGGAGAAGGUUGGCAAAGAGGGAGUUAUUACUAUCCAAGAUGGUAAAACAUUAUAUAACGAGUUGGAAGUUGUGGAGGGAAUGAAGUUGGAUAGAGGUUACAUAUCACCUUACUUCAUCACUAACCCUAAGAACCAAAAAUGUGAACUAGAAAAUCCCCUGAUCUUGAUCCACGAGAAGAAAAUCGCCAGUGUUAGUGCUAUUGUAAAAGUACUAGAGUUGGCCUUGAAGCACCAAAAGCCAUUGUUGAUUGUUGCUGAAGAUAUAGAGAGCGAGGCAUUGGCAACUCUCAUCCUAAAUAAACUUCGAGCUGGACUCAAGCUCUGUGCCAUUAAAGCUCCUGGUUUUGGAGAAAACAGGAAGUCAGGGCUUCAAGAUCUUGCUGCUCUUACAGGAGGACAAGUUAUAACCGAAGAGCUUGGAAUGAAUCUUGAAAAGGUUGACAUGGAGAUGCUUGGCAGCUGCAAGAAGCUUACAAUAUCAAAGGACGACACAGUCAUUCUUGAUGGAGCUGGUGACAAGAAAUCCAUUGAAGAAAGAUGUGAACAGAUCCGGUCUGCAAUAGAACUGAGCACAUCUGAUUAUGAUAAGGAGAAGUUGCAAGAAAGGCUUGCCAAGUUGUCUGGUGGUGUGGCUGUACUAAAGAUCGGUGGUGCAAGUGAAGCCGAGGUCAGUGAGAAAAAGGACAGAGUUACAGAUGCCUUGAACGCAACCAAGGCAGCCGUGGAAGAGGGUAUUGUCCCAGGUGGAGGUGUCGCUCUUCUUUAUGCGGCCAAAGAGUUGGACAAACUGCAGACUGCCAAUUUUGACCAAAAGAUUGGUGUCCAAAUCAUCCAGAAUGCAUUAAAGACUCCCGUGCAUACAAUUGCAUCUAAUGCUGGAGUUGAGGGAGCCGUUGUUGUUGGCAAGCUAAUGGAACAAGACAACCUAGACCUUGGGUAUGAUGCUGCCAAAGGUGAUUAUGUUGACAUGGUAAAAGCUGGAAUUAUCGACCCUCUUAAAGUAAUUAGAACUGCUUUGGUUGAUGCGGCUAGUGUUUCAUCCUUGAUGACAACAACUGAAGCUAUUAUAACUGAGCUUCCUAAAGAAGAGAAAGAAGCUCCUGGGAUGCCAGGCGGCAUGGGCAUGGACUACUGAGGGCCUUAGUGGUUGACAAAGAACUGAUACGGAGAUUCAUAAACACUGGAUUUUGUACCAAAAUUGUUGAAGAGUUCGAGCUAGUCCCGUAUUUGGUCAUAGUGUGAGACUGUGAGUGGAUGGAGGAUCUCUUUCGAUUUUUUUGGGUUUUGUAGGUAGAGUUGUAGCUUUGAUGAAUUGCGGACAAAGAUGGAACUGGUUGUUACUCACCCAAAGGGAAGUUGAUAUCUGAGGAACUAUUGCCUGUAUCUCCCACAAUAAAUCAUUUAUUGCCGAGAUUGCUCUACUGCUUGCAAAUGUAUCAUGACCUUGUUUGGAAAAUCGUCCAAUGAACGUCAAAGUAGAAACUGUCACUUUCUUCUUAUAGCUGAAAGAAACGCAAGUCUUACAAAAAAAAAAAACAAAUGCAUACAAGACGUCCACGAUACACAGGCUGACGCAGCUUUCAAGGUUGAUACAGGGCAUCGCUGUACAAAGUCAGUGCAGCAGCAAGGCGCACGAAUUGCAAGCAUCAUCAAAGUUCAUUUUGCUUUCCGUCGACCCCUCGCAGGAGCGCAAUCCGGGCAGUACCAUUUACCCUUGGGUUGUUCUUUAACAUUGACACAGGCGAAGUGGAACCAUUCUAUCUUGCACUCUGGGUUAUCACAAGCAACCAUGUCCCCGUAGCUAACUUCAUUGCAAUAACAGUAGGUUGGUUCAUUGGGAUCUACUGGUAUAUCCAGUUCCACGGUGGUGGAGGGGUCAGCAGAUGAGGUGGCAACUGCUGCUUCAGUUGCUGCAGCCAGCCGUGUCCUGUGCGAAUUGUUUGAUAUUAUGCAAUCAACGCAGAUCAGCUCUACAUCAUAAAAUGUUAUGUUCAAAUGAUAAAGAUAACCAAGAUAAACGAGAAGAACAAGUACUUUUUACGUCCUCUACCACCCUCACUAGCCUUUCCGGAUUUUGGAGUGGAAUCAGUGCUUGCAGUCUGCUGUCCGGAUGCAGCAUUGUUCUCUCUCUCUGGCCGGAGCUCCUCAUCAAACUUCUUCAAAUAUUGAUCAAGUUGCUGUAUAUGUGCAUCAACCAGGUCAUAUGCUUGGACAGCUAAGGCAACCUUUUCAUCAGCAAUCCUGACACUAUGUUUCUGCUCAUCGAGUGCCUCAUCGGAGAAUUUGAUUACCGAAGCAUCGGGCAAAGUAUUUGCAGUCUUGAUUCGGCACUUAAUUUCCUCUAUCUCUUGUUCACAACGCUGUUCAUUUUGGUGUUGGAUCCCUGUUCGUAUACACAAAACGUUGUAAUCGCUAGGUAUCUCAUAUCAGGCUGUGAUUGCUAGGAGAUGACAUGGAAACACACUGCACUAAGCAGAAGAACUCUCUCAGAGCAUGUAAGUGCACACACAUUCAUACAUACAUACCCUGCAAGCUCUUAUCAAGAUCACGUAAAAGGGCGUACUUCUUCU